UUUUAAUUGUCAAAUUUGCCCAUCGCGAAUUGGGGCAUUGUUUUUCUCAAAAUUACUAAUAAUUUAGUUGUUUUUUCAUUAAUUCCUUCAUCUUAUACCCUGUGUAAAUGCGAAUAUUAAAAAAGCUCUCUCGUUGCUAUGGGUUCCAUUUGAAGGAAGGUUGUGCAUGUUAAUUAAUCUUAAAAUAAAUACCAACAUGUGGAAGUAUGUGUCUCGUCGUGUCCGCGAUACUUUCGAAAGGAGUGCUAAUUACUUCGACAAACGCAGCACCACCGGGCUGACCAACGCACCCAAUAAUGUCACUGACGAUGGCAAGAAGAAGUCAUCUCCGCCCUGCCGAUGGUACAUUUUGGGAAGAUGUUGCGAUCCUUCGUACAAAAACGACAACAACACCAAUAGCAGUCGAUGGAACUUCGAACAGUUGAAUUCUUCUUGGCUCAAUGCCAUCACCUGGAGCAGUGCAGUUGUCCUUGGGUGGUACGCGACCCAGUUCAUCCACUUGAAACACAAAUACAGAUGCAGACAUGACAAGAAAGAGGCCCAAUGCUCCAUUCAACAUCUUCUGAAAUCACUGCAGCCAUUUGUGCAAAAUGUGAAUGAAAAUGCACCAUUUUUGAAAGCAGCACCCAAUGUUGAGAAGAUCAUAGGCACUUUCAUUCCUACUGUGCAUUUGAUAUCUAAUGGUGAUAGUAAGACUGGAGGUAAUGAGGCUGCAUCAGCUCCACCAAGCACGAGCUCCGGGUCGUCUGCUCCGGAACAUUCUGACAAUGAUCUGGGAGAAGUUCUGAACUCUAUUGAGAACAAACUUGGCCUGGCCGCCAUUGAGAAUGGACAGCAUCAGGAUGGGCUGAACUUGUUAAGGUCAGCUGCAACCAGGAACCAUGCACCCGCCCUGUAUAACCUGGGACUGUGCUAUGAGCUGGGACUCGGUGUAGAAGUCAAUGAAAAAGUGGCGAUGGACUUCUACCGUUCCGCCGCAUCUCAGGAGCACCCGGGCGCCAUGUACAACCUGGGCAUCUACUACGGGCAGGGCCGCGGCGGGCUGGCUCGCGACAUGGACACCGCCACGAGGCUGCUCAGACUCGCCGCACUCAAGGGCAAGGAAGAAGCCGCUAUAGCCCUCAAGGCACUAGACAUAGACAUCAGUGAGCCACUCGAACAAAAUGUGGAAAGCUUCAGCUUUCCUUACACGCCGUAUGCACCGGCUGACGAACACUUGGUGCCAACACACUCUAGUUUGUUCGUAGAUAAUGUUCAAUGCACAAUAAAUCAUGCUACUGUGUGCUAAGUUGUAAUACGAGCAAUAAUUGGUGAUGGUGUGUACUUACGUUUUGUUUGUUCUUUUAUCCUAUGUAAAAUAAGUUUUGUUACGAGAAACAUGAAAUAGAGUAUAUUUAUGCUGACUCAAAUCCCCACCUAAAUUUUUCAAUCUCAUGAAUUCCUAUAAAAGCCAAUUUUUUUUUUCGAGCUGUGAUCACAUUACUUGGAUACAUGUAAAUCUAUAAAGUUAGACAUUAUGCAAUGUCCAUUGGAAAUAUUGCCCAAAAUGGACCGUUGAGUCAACAAUACUUCAUUUGUUUAGGUUUAAGUUAGGUAGUUUUAGCUAAUAAUAAUAUAAGGAAUAAUAUAGGUUUUUCCCAGAUGUUUACCCUAGUUUCUCAAAGUGUUGAAUAUUUAUUUGCGCUAAUUUCAUUCGUGGCUCUAAUUAAAUCGUGCCACGACUGUAAAUGACUAACAUGAGUCACCUCUAAUACCAGUAGUGAUGGGUAGUAAAUCUGGGUUUGGCCGAAAAUAUUAUGCCAUCACAAAUAGUCAGUGAUAGUUGAUAAUGCAAACGAUCUUCAUCGUAAAACGAUGUUUAUUUUUUAACUAUAAUAAUGACUAACUGUGGUUACACAAUGAAAUCUAAUAAAUCUUUAUGUGUACGUA